AUGCACUCUUUGAAGGAGUUGUCUACACAGCUGAACCAAAACCUACUCGAAUUGCUGUCCUUGUCAGCAAACGAUGUGAUUGCAAUUUAUGAACGGAUCUUGGAGUUGCUCGGCAGGGAUGAGGGAUUUGAACGCAAUGUGGAUUUGAUUUCGCCUUUACUUGCAAUGCCGAUGGCAGGGAGAAGUGCGUUGCUUCCCACAAUCAGCAGAGUCUGCUGGCAGUACCUUUAUAAUCCGCGUCUUGACGUCAAUUUGCUCGUUGAAGCCUCGUCACAGUUCAAAUUCGAAUGCCGGUCGAAACUACUGUACUUGGAGGCGUGGUACAUCAAUAAUGCACGCUUGGAUGCGGAAACAGCGUUGUAUUUGGAAUUUCUAGGACAAUUGCAGUGUUUCCUUAGAAGAGUUAAAGAGAUUCCUCUGAACGACUAUGUUUCCCUCCUCGAAUUGACUCCUGACGAAAUCGACCAGUCGUGGCUAGCUCAGCUAGAGAUUGAAGCGCCGGCGGUGGAUGAUGACGGUCAAAAGUACCACCUGUACUUCAGCUCAUUAAAAAAACGCUACCAGGAGGUUCCUUCUUUAACCGUGCUCGACUCGCUUACCUUUGUCCUCGAAGUAUUGGACCAAGGAGUUGGAACCAUCAACUCCGCCACCAUAAAGAAAUUGCAACAUUGCACAAUACCGAUCCAAAAAUCUGCAAAAUCGGAGGUCUACUCCACUUUCAACGACUUGAACCCCAGACUAUCUUAUCUCAUGACAUUUGUUUAUCUCAGCUAUUUGGUUAGUUCCGACAUAACGGACACAUUUCAGGAUCUUGUCCCCAGCUCCAUUAAUGUACAUUUCAAAUCAUUCGAGUUGCCCCCCUUGGCGAAACCAAAGGAGUAUACCAUUGAAGACCAGCAUAGCAGACACGAAAAGUUGAUUACGUUGCAGUACAGGGUAUUGGAAAUAAUCGACAGCUGUGUCGUGCACGAGAUUGGCGAGAUCUUCAAGUUGCUGGAGACGCUGGAGACGCUGCCAGUGUUGAAGAAAUCAAAGACAACCUUGUGUGAAACGCUCUUGGCAAGCCUAAUCUUUUCGCUCAUCUGCGCCGAGCAUUACCAAGACCUAGUUUUCAGAUGUCAUUCGCAUCUUGUUUAUGAAAUCAUUUCUCAAAUACUCAACUCACCAGAUGCAAGGACACAUCGCUGGGUUCUUUUAAUCAAUCUCGCUAAUGACAUUUGCUACGGCGACUUGAGAUACAUUAAAACAUUCAUCAAUUUAUUCCACAAUCAAAUUAAUAGGGACCCUUCGGUAAUGAACGACGAGUUGGUCAGCAGUGGACUUCAAUUCUUCAUCGACACUUUCAAACCGAAACAGGAUUAUUCAAUGAUGUAUCAACAGGAUGAUGCAGAUCUCGUGAUAUCUGCUGUGCAAUACAAACACCUCUACAGUUAA